UGGCACGCGCGGGCGAUAAUAAAGUUGCAAUGAGGAGCAUCCAGCGGCGUAACGAGUGACACCUAGGAUCGGUAAUAUGGAGAAACAAGUCACGUUACUGUCAUCGCAGCUCUUUCAGAAGCACAGGCAGGUAGAAGUAGUUCUCAGUCGCAGUGUUUUGGCGUGGAAACCGGUUGAGAAAAGUAGAAAACCAUGCUCGGGGACUUGUGACUCAGUACACAGCUAUUCUGUUGAGGUGUGUGAAAUAGUUGCUGUCCGCAAGACAGAAGACGAUGACCAAGACGCUGCACAGACUGGGAAACAUCAAAAAAAGACAAAACAGCUGUAUCGCUAUGCAUUCACAGUUUCCUAUGUGCGAAGGACACAACAGCACCAGUGGCGGUGUAGUGAGGUCACCUUUCACUGUGACAACCAGGCACUCUGCGAGGAGUGGGUCCAAGUUACAAAUGAGCAGCUGUCACUACUCACCAAUCGACCAAAGAGCCUUCUGGUAUACAUCAAUCCAUUCGGUGGAAAGCGUCGUGGGAAACGUAUUUACGAGCAGAAGGUGGCCCCAAUGUUUCGCCUUGCCAGCAUUGCGACCACUGUGAUUGUUACAGAGCGUGCCAAUCAUGCUGAAGACCACUUGAAAACAGAGGCCAAUCUAGAUAAAUAUGACGGGGUGGUGUGUGUUGGUGGAGAUGGGAUGUUCAGUGAGGUCCUUCACGGGCUGGUUGCCAGGACGCAAAAUGACCACGGUGUUGACCAGAACCAACCGGAUGCUGAAUUGGUGCCAUGUUCUUUACGGAUAGGAAUCAUUCCUGCAGGGUCUACUGACUGUAUCUGCUUUGCUACAGUGGGAACCAACGAUCCAGUUACUUCUGCUUUACACAUCGUUGUGGGUGAUUCGCAGCCAAUGGAUGUGUGUUCAGUUCAUCACAAUGACGUCUUUCUCAGAUACUCAGUCUCAUUGCUUGGCUACGGCUUCUAUGGAGAUGUGCUUUCAGACAGUGAGAGGAACAGAUGGCUUGGCCCUGCCAGAUACGACCUGGCAGGUGUGAAAACCUUUCUGAGCCACAACUACUACGAGGGCACAGUCUCUUUCCUCCCCGCCGAGGACGACGUGGGGAAUCCGAGGGACAAGCUGCAGUGUCGAUCCGGGUGCAGCAUCUGUCAGCACAACCGCUCAUCAAAAGACACGCACAGCGACGUGUCGGAGGAGAAGGAAAAGCCAGGCAAAGAUGACAGCAGUGACUGGAAUGAGAUCCAUGGAAAGUUUAUUGCCAUUAACGCAGCCAACAUGAGCUGCGCUUGUCCUCGAAGUCCAAAAGGCCUGUCACCCUUCGCCCACCUCGCUGACGGCAAUGCAGACCUGAUCCUGGUGAGGAACUGCUCCCGCCUGGACUUCUUCAAACACCUUCUUCGACACACCAACAAAGACGAUCAGUUUGACCACCCUUUUGUAGAGGUCCACCGGGUGAGGAAGUUUCGCUUCGAGCCAGAGCGCCACAUACUGGUUUCACUGGAAGACCUGAGCGAGCCUGCAACAAAGACUGGCUACAGCACUCCCCUCGGCAGCUGGAGCUGCGAUGGGGAGAUCCUGCCUGAGGUUGCCAUUCAAGUCAGUGUCCAGUGCCAGUUGAUCAGGCUGUUUGCCCGUGGUAUUGAGGAACAGCAGCAGCAGCAGUGUGUGUCGGACGACCCGUGUACCCUCAGUGCCUUGGAGCCAACCACAGACUAGUCAGUGGAUUGAGAGCUGAAGAGGACAUUUAACUGUUCAAAAACAACUUAGUUGAACUUGGCACAGUUUCCUGGAAAAACACAUUCGUCAUAUCAGUUUAAAUCCUAAAUGCUGAUGUCUCCUUGCCUCCUAUCCAUGCAAAAAAAAAAGGGGGGAAUGAAAUUUAACCCUGGAGAAACCAUGGGGUCAAAUUUGACCCCAUGGUUUCCCUAGAAAACCAAUGGGGUCGGCUCUGACCCCAUUGGUUAUUUGAAAAAUGCAAAGCUAAAAAGCACUUCAGCAUCCCAUUAUGAGGAUGGAACAUUUAAAUCCAAGGAAAAGUUUCAUCACAAGUCAACUAGUCAUUUCCCCUUUGACAUUUGGGGCUUUUCAGGUACAAAAUUGCCUCAUAGAGCUUGAAGUAAGCAGAGAUAUAAUGUGCCUACUGCUGCCACAUUGAAACCCAAAAUGUCAGGUUUUGUAUUUGUACUUUUUGGGAAAUUAAGAUGUCUAAGCUCAAAGGAUCUGAAGCAGGGGAGUCCACACAGACACACGCACAAACAGAUGAAACUGGACUUAACUAUCCCAGAAGGUCUUUACCCUGCCAUGAAGGAGAAUAUAAAUGGGAUUUCUCCCUACACAGCAUGGACAGAGAGCCAAGGAGAUGCAGCUCUGUAAGAAGGAUGAAGAAUAAUCCCUGUGAAGUACAUUGAUAAACUGAAAAGAGUAGAGAAAAAAGUAGCAAGGCUAAAAGGAAAAAACAAAUCUCUCCUUUUAGGGGGAAAAGGGGGAAAAAAUCAUUUCAUCUGUGACCCAGGUGGAAGCAGAUAUGAGCCAGGGGCACUAAUGAAAAGGACUGAGUACCCUGCUAAUACACUAACAGGACCCCGGUGACUGCUGGGUGAUAAGGCAAAGUGGUUGCUAAGUGAUUUGGUGUGUCUGAGCACCGCUGCGCUGCACCUGUGGCUCUGAGUUCUGCUCGUCUCUGGCUAAACUACCAACAGUUUAAUCAUCACCUGGGAUUAGCUAAAAUUAUCCAUUGUUAACAUCAUUAGAGAUAAUGUAUUGCUUUGCUUUGAAAUUGCUCUUAUUCAGCUUUUUCCUUUUUUUUUCUCUUUUUUUUCUUUUUGUUUGAGGUCAAGCUGGUCUUGAUAUCACAGGAGAACGGUCGCCAGCAAAUAAGAAGAAGCUUUUAUUUUUACAGUGAUUAUAUAAAACUGUGUGUAUGGUAAUAAUACAUGAGGGUCCAUGUAUAUGUGAUUAAAGUAAAAGUGGGUUUUCUGCAGGUCCUUCGGGAUUCGUGCGUGCGUGUGUGAAGAUGCCAGUGAUGAUGAUAAUUUGGAUUUUAUUACUUAGGGGCUCAUAGCUGCCAUUUUUCAGAUGGUGUCUCACCAUAGUUGAGAUGCUUCAGAUUUGUUGUUACUGAGGUUUUUGCAGACACAUGAUCACUAACAGUGGGAUGUUUGUUUGUCCCCCAUUUUGGAUGUGUGACAUUUAUGGUUACAACAUAGGGUCAAACGAAUAAAGCCUUAGUCACACAGACCAGGAGAUCAGUUAGUGACACCCUGGAAACCACCAGUCACUAGGGAAGAUAUCCCUGACCAGCUGGACAAAACCUCCUUAGCAGUGCUUUGAUAGGUAGAAGAUAUCGUUCACCGGUAAUUUGCAUGGAUUAUGCAAGUUUGCCAACUACUCUCCAAGCGGUAGUAAGGCCGUUAAAAGUAUGAUACGAACCGAAAUUGAAGCUGUUGACCUUGUAAAGAAAAUCUGCACUUAAUUAAAUGUGUUUGCUGUAGCACUGAGGCACUUUUACUAUGAAGGCAAAUAUUUUGUUUCUGGUUUGCUUUGCACUUUUGCGAGUUUUGUCGCUUGGCUAGCAGUGAGUUAAUAUUUAUUUUAAAAAAAAAAGCUGGCAUCAUGAAAAGUACAGGCUUGCAACCAAAGAAAAUCACUGCUAAAAAGCUCUUGGUUGCCCUCUUUGCAACCAGUUACAAACUAUAGCAACUAUACGCUAAACUUUUUACUCAGAGAUUGGUGGCUGUAUCAUGUCCACUAUGGUAGACCACAGAGAAAUAUGUGCAGGAUGUCUUGUGAGAAAUUUUUAUAGAUGACCAAACGCACAAAUGUAACUAAUGCAAUAAUUGGUACCUUUUUUCUGUCAGACAUCUUAAAACACAUGAACAUUUUAGCUUUUAAAAAGCGUUAUUUAACGUUAUUUUUCAUUAAUGAGCAUUAAUUUUGUGUAUGUAAUGUUCAUACAGUAUAAUUUCAGAAAGAUAAUAUAAAACAAAAUUAAAUCCCUUUUUAAUUUUGUGAUGGGAAUCUAAAAAGGUAACAAGCCAUGGAAGUUAAAUCCAAGUUUAACUUUUUAAACCUUUAUUUACAUUUUUCCACCAAUGCUUUUCCUGGUGUUUGGUCCAAUUUCUGUGUGCUUACAAUUGCAUUUUGAUUAACUGUCAUAUCCAGAGUCAAAGGUUAACGCUCGCUAUCUUUUCAGAUUAUCAAUCUGAUGCUAAAUGAAUUAGUUCGCCAUCUUAGCUGCUGUUGUCACGUAGAAACUUAAGCACUCUUUAUGCAAAGAGAGAGUCAAGCGCAAGACUUUGAAACAGAGGAAAAUCUUGUAAAACCAUAAAUGAUGCUACUUUCCAACAGUUAUAAAGUAGUUGAUGUGAGAACAAGCGCCCUUUCAUGUUGGCUCUAUGCAGCUGGCUGCUCAAGUGCUCACAACUAAAAACAAAGAGAUGGUAACAUCACACAUUACUGGUUACUUGUUGGUCAAACUAUUAAAUGUAGUUUAAAAAAAAAGAAGGUUUUUGCAACUUUGUCUGGGAAUUUUAUUGGGAUAAAACCACCACUGUGCACUUACUGGGAUAUGUGCUAUUGUAUGUUAUCACAUUAGGGCUUCUUUCUAUUGCCUUGCUUAGCUGCCUUCUUUUCAUGGGUCCAGUUAGAUGAUGGCUGUUUAAUCAGACUAUUGCACUGUGUGCAUUACUGUCUGCAGGCAAUGAAACUGUUUUUUUAGUGGAACCCACUAGUGUAUGAUAAAGAUGUAAACUAAAUCAAAAUAUAAAGUUAAUUUAAUUUUGACUCUUCAUACUUUAGUACACACUGUACACAAAACAAGCUGUGAUGUAACUAGAUAUGUUUUAUAUAACGAAGAACUGCAAUAAAGUUGUUUUGAAAUCAGA